UGCUUCCCAUCAAAACAGAAGAAUCUGCAGUGUACAAAAUUGUGGGUCUAGUUUCAGAAUGUUUUGUUUGUUUCUUUCACAAACUAUCUUCCCUCUCUUUCUACUUUUACAUUUCCCACAGUUUGAGAAGCAUAUACAUUGAUUCUGCAUUUUGGGUGCAACAUCAUCAUAAAAAUCCCAUCUUUUCUCACCAGGUAAUCGAUUGACUACUUCUCUUGUUUGGAGAAACGUUUUCGGAUCAGGUUCCGUCAACUUGUAGUUAUGGCGUCAAUGGUGAAGUCGAAUAGACUUAAGAGGAGUGAAUCCAACAAGUCUCACUCCUGGUUGUGGGAUAGCCACAUUAGUCCCAAGAACUCCAAGUGGCUACAAGAAAAUCUUGAAGGGAUGGAUCAACUUGUGAAGCGGAUGUUAAAACUCAUCGAACAAGAUGCGGAUUCAUUUGCCAAGAAGGCUGAGAUGUAUUAUCAGAAGAGGCCGGAGUUGAUCAGCCUCGUCGAGGAAUUCUAUCGCAUGUAUCGGUCAUUGGCUGAACGGUAUGAUCAUGUGACGGGAGAAUUGAGGAAAAACAUUCCAUCGGAUCUCCAAUCUCAGUGCUCUGGAAUAUCCGACAUCGGAUCCGAGCCGCCUUCCACUAUGCCGUCUCCUGAUAGGAGACCGAGUUGGCGUAAAUCCGGUCCUCGUGCCGCCGGAUUUGAGGUUUUUCUUGGAAGUGGUGGAACUGGCUCAGAGUUGUAUAAUAAGGAAGGAGAUGAAUCAUCUACUCUGGACUCGGGAACGGAUUCAGAUGAUUCGUCUGUUCACAAUUACUCAGGCAUGCAGAGCAAUUAUGAGGAACAGGGGUUGCGUCUUAGGAUCAUAGAGCUCGAGGUCGAGCUCCGUGAGGUGAAAGAGAAACUCCAAGUGCAAGAGGGAGAGAUUACUAAAGGUUCUUCCAAAAAAUCUGGUGAUGGAAACUCUGAGGGUCCUAAUAAAAUAGCUAAAUACGAAGAAGAAUUGCGACUUGCGAAAGAAAAGAUUCAACAGUCCGAAGAAGAGAUCAGCCGUUUGACUGUCGAGCUUAGAAAGUAUAAAUUUCUUGGAGAUACAAAUAGUCUUCUGCUUUCGGAAGAUGCCGUGAGGCACAACAGUCCCGAAGUUUUGGAACCGGAUACAGCGAUGGAGGGCUCAGAAGGCGAAGUUCUGGACCCUGUGAACAAAAUUCAGAUGCUCGAGGAAGAGCUUAGAAUCACGCAAGAGAGACUUCAUGAGUCCGAGGAGGAAGCAGCGAGCUUAAGGCAAGAACUUACAAGAAAGGGAUCCUCUAUACAGAAUUUGCAAGAUCAGUUUACAUUGGCUCAAAAAGAGGUUUCUCUAUGGAAAAACAAGCUCGAGAAAGAGAAACGAGAGGUUUUAAAGCUGCAGGACCGUGUAUCGAGGUACAAAACCAAUCUCUCAGAACGUGAUCAAGAAAUCAGAGGGUUGAAAGAAGCGAUGUCGAAUGCCAACAAGAGCUUAUCUGAGGAAAAUGAGAAACUUCAAGCAGAUGUAGCUAGAAUAUUGAAGGAGCGAACUUAUUUGGAGGAUAAUCUAAAAGGACUGGAUUUACGUCGCCAGUCGUUAGAAGAGGACGUUAGACGAGUCAAGGCUGGAAAAGCAGAAAUGGAAGGUGUACUUGGAUCCCAAAUCGAGCAGUUGAAAGCUGACAUAUCUGACAGGAAUGAAUGUCUGGAAAAGCUGAAGAAAGACCUUGAUGCUUUGCAGCUGAAAUACGAAAAGCUGAUGGCUGAGAAGGACGAGCUAAAUACUAAUAUUGCUGCUCUCGAUGCAGAGAUGAGUUCUAAAGACGAUAGGAUAGACCAAAUGAGCGAGCACUUCCGUCAAUUACACGAGGAGCAUGUUGAUCUGAUUGCUAGAGCCGAGGGGGCACGAAAAGCGGCAGAGGAGCUACAGUCCAGAGUUAAAGAACUAGAAUGCGAGGUGGAGAGGAAGGACGAAAUCAUUCUUGAAGGAGCAGAGGAAAAACGUGAAGCAAUAAGGCAGCUUUGCUUUUCGCUCGAGCACUAUCGCAACGGGUACUAUCGUCUUAGGGAGACUGUUGUUGGGCAAAAGAAAACACCUCUAACAGCAUCGGGAAAAUGCCCCAUUUCGACGUACGCUGCUUCGCCUGCAGAGAACUGGAAAUCAACAGGGGAUGAAUGCAGGAUCAAGAUCAACUUCUGGCCCUUCAAAUGAUCAAACUAUAGUUCAUCAUAUUUGGUGUUAACCUAUUGACAUGUGGUGAGGUAUGUUCACAUACCAAUGAAUUGUUUGAUUGCACAAUCAAAUGUAUUACAGUGCUCAGCCUUCUGUCUUUAAGUAGCCCUUUUGUUACAGUGAGUACCAACUAAAAGCCCCACACAUCAUAGUCACUCAUCUGCAGGUGUGUCACAUACGAGUACUUAGAGGAAAACAUUGAACAGCUUUCAGACACUACAUCUGCCACACAUAAACUGAUGUUGCACAUCCAAACGGCACGUCUUCUACCCGACGGGACCCUGCGAUGCCCGUUGCUGCACCACCGUAACACUUAGAAAUAGAAAUACAGGUUGUUUUUCUUUCGAGUGUGGGCAAAUAACACAGAAAGAUCAAAUUGUGUGCUAAAAUUUUAUCUUCAUAACCUCAACUACUUGCUCAAGAGAAAGACAAGAUCCAUAGUUUAUUUAUAAAUUGGAUCUCCACAGCCUCAGUUUGUAAAACAUUAGCUAUACAAAUGGUGGUCACAUCAUUGGUGUAAAAGGACUAUAGAAGCAGAAUGUUGAUGCAGUAGAAAAAUCUACCUUCAGCACAUCUGCAGUGCAAGCCAACAGUUCUCUACUUCUCUACUGCAGAAUUUAAUAAUCCCUUUAUCAUUCACAU